ACAUGAUCAAACAAAAUGGCUGCUGCAACAACGAAAAUAAUACUGCUGUUGAAUCUAACUUCUAUCUGGUGGAUCUAUUGGGCUACUUGUAAUUUUUAAAAUAUCCUAUUGAUUAAUUAUAAAUAUGUAAGGCUAAUGUCUAGAGCGCAUCCCGUAACGUCAUUUGCGUGUCUCGGGACAUUCUCUAGACUAGACAUUUAUUUACCCAUAAGUGACAUUUUACCGCAUUUACGAAAGUUUCCACGGAAAAACGUUAACUAAAACUAUGUGGUGCAUGUAAUAAGUAAGGGAUCAUCCAUAAUGACAAAAAUAAUAAAAAAUAAAUAAUGUCACUUGUCUAGGGUUGAGAGGGGGGGGCACAUUUCUGUGACGAGGUGGGGUGUUAAAGCAAUGUGAAGUCACAUUAAAAUUAAAAGCAGAACAUUUUAAUUUUAUUUAAAAAUAUGCACUUAAACUUAAUGUCAAUGUCACUAAAUCACAGACCUUUUUAACAUUAUUAUUUUUUUUUAUACAUAAAUCAAAUUAUAAUAAUUCUAUUAGUCUAUUUUCAAACUAAGAGUGAUUUAGAAAUGUCAUCUUAAUCAAGUUACAGGAUGCCAUGGAGGAGGAGAAUCAGGGUGUAGUGAAAGACAAUCUUAGUGUCAUUGGAAAGCUUAAAAACAGCUCUUUCCAAUGAUGUGCUCUUUGUUUAUGUCAGAUGCGGGAGUCAUAGAAUUGGGGCUACUACGGAAAGUGAGAUGAACCGAGAAAUUUUGGACGGAGGGGUGGAGGAAUUUAGUAUAUGUUCUAGGCCAGGGAUUUUUAAAGGCAGAAACAACUAACAGUUGCAGCAAAUGAAAUUAAUUUCCUGAGUUUUCCAUACCAUAGGGGUGCUUUCACCCCUGUUUAUGAACCACUGUUCUAGGGAAAUGUUUCUGACACAGGUGCAGUAAUUUGAUAUCCACAGGAUAUGAUUUUUGUAAGGGUUUGUUAAGGACAGUAAUGGACAGAUGCAUUUUUUAGGGGGGGGGGGGUGCAGAGGUUUGUGAGGUGAUUGGGGAGAGGGGUCUUAAUUUUUUUGACAAUUUGACUGACACAGGUGCAGUAAUUUGAUAUCCACAGGAUAUGAUUUUUGUAAGGGUUUGUUAAGGACAGUAAUGGACAGAUGCAUUUUUUAGGGGGGGGGGGGGCAGAGGUUUGUGAUGUUAUAUGGGAGAGGGGUCUUAAUUUUUUUGACAAUUUGUGACAAUGGGAGGGGGGUAAAAAAUUUGCAAAAUUUGCCUGACGUCAUUUACGAAUGGCACCUAAUACAUGCAUUGAUUACUUAGACUAAACUUUAAAGUACCUUCUUACAGGUAGACUUAGUUAGCUUAGGCUUAGACUAGGCCUAGGCAGGCUUAUAUUAUAUAGUUAUUACUAUGUAUAGACUGAUUGUAUAAUAUAUAGGUAAAUUUGACUUUCCUCGCCAUGUCGCUUCCCAUGGAUGCCAUCUGGGUUGCCAUAACCCUUGAUAAGUCAUGAGUCAUGACAACUAAGAUGGCGGCCUUGUAAAAAAAAAAAAAAGGGAAAAAUUCAGCACAUUACAAAUAAAAACUUAGAAAAUUAAUAAAAACAUACACAUGUAAUUAAGUAAUUUGAGCCUGUACAUAAAUUUCUUGCAAGCGAAGCUAUUCUAAUGUAUCCAUCUAGAUAUGUGGCAAGAGAUGUAAACGACCUGCAGUCGUCCCCUUCCAGACAUAAUUUCAGCCAGUACAUGCUCAUGCCCCUCAACUUUUUUUGCACACAGCUACAGUUACACACUGUGGUAAGAAAACUAUUAAAAAAUGAAGAAAAACAAUACAAAAUAAUUUUAAAAUAAUGAAAACCCAACUUACAAUUUCAUAAAAUACAAUUUUUACACGCUUUAUUUCAGGUUCAACCAAAAACUAAAUCCAAAAGUUGUCAGAAAAUCAAUACAGUACAAUAUAAUACUAUACUCAUUUUCCAAAAUGUCAGAAAAUUUAAAUAUUAUAUUUAACCAAACACUUAGAUUUUAAUUUAAAACAUUCCAGUCAUUGAAAUUAAAGAAAAGUUAACUCGAAUAACAACACAAGAAUUUAAAAAACGGAGAGAAUCCUUCACACUCAUACGUCAUGGUGCGGAUUGCAGAAAUUGACCUAUAUUACUAAAGUAGAACCUGGUUAUGUCGAUGGCCUCGGGGUUUGCUAAAAAGCACAGAGAUAACCGAUGAUGAAGAUAACCGAAAAUCAAUAUGGAGGCAAUAGAUUAACAUGUACUUGAAAUUUCUUUAUGUACAUGAUGUGUGUUAAUAAAUGCAGGCACUUUAGUAAAAAUAAUAAUAAUUUUUUAAAUAUUACAGUUCUUUAGAGCAAAUUUCAAAUUUAAAAAAUUAAACCAGUAUCAACUUUAUUACUUUUUGAGCUACGAAUUUUUAAAGUGCGAGUUAGUUUGGUAUUUUCUACUAUGGACGAAGCCUCCACAGUUUGUGACCUCAUUCUGCUGAUUGUGUCUUGCGCAAUGACUAUAUAGUUUAUAUAAGGCAACACAUCCCCUUAUUACUAAAAUACUGUUUAGGGACUACUUAUUUUGAACUUUCAACUUUGACACAUGACUAUUUUAAUAAAGCUUUCCCUGACCAAUGGUUUAAUAGCUUUUGCACACGGCAAACUCUUAUGAAUGAAACUCCUACUUAGAACCACGGCAUAGCCACUAUGCAAAUGACCGUGAAUAGCUGCCCAUGAAAUUUUUUUGCACACGGCAAAUAAUGAUCAUUUAUAAUAUGCACUGUACCUGGUUUUUAAACCUGAAUUAAAACAAAUUUAUUUAAAUUACUUCUAGGUUCAUUCUAUAACACAACUCCGUAUUUUGAGAAAUAAAUAAUAUUUUUAAUUAUGAAAAACUUGUUGUUUGCUAUUUCUUCUUGCGGAGUUCAAAAGCCAUUGGUCAUGGGGAUCGAGAUAACAGAGGUUGAGUGGCAAAUUUGACCGCAUUUUGUGCUCAAGAUAUCAGGGUUUGGCGACAUAAACGAAUCGAUAUAACGGACAAGAAAAUGCUAAUACAAAGGGAGAAUUUAGCGGUUCCACUCCAAAAAUGUUGACAUAACAGGGUUGGCGAGUUAACAGAGGUCGAGAUAAGUGGGUUAGACUGUAUUUUAAGUUCAAUAAGACUCAGUUACUGAGUUUAAAAAGUCAAAGACUAGUGUAGUGAAUAGCUUUUAGUGUAUUGUAUAUUAGUAGGCCUAAUUACUCACUCUAAGUCAGCAACUUCAGUGAGGGCUAGUCACUUGUUUUAGUGAAUAGCUAAUGUUACCGUACUAUAAUAUUAUUCUACUAUAUCCACUUAAUUAUAAGUACAGUAAAUACUCAUAAUUUAGCAUGACAACUCUAUAGUCUAUAACUAUAGUAUAUUAGUCUAUUUACUGUAACUCUAGUCUAGUCCAUCUUAGUCAGAGCUCUGCAACCGGUAUGCCACAGCAUAAGGGCUACAGGAGGGGGAAAAACACAAACACAGAGCUUAAAAAAAUUUCAACCAUUUAAUAAAUUUGCGUUUGAUAAACUUGAUAAGUAAUAAGCUUAUCACCAAUUUGUUAAGAUUUUGCAGUUAAAUAUUUCAGAAUGUAUGCACAUAAAAAUUAGCAUUUAGAUUUGUCCUGCGCAAACUAUUCCCUCUUAAAGACUCUUUAAAAAAAUUGCAAUAACAUAAUUCUCAGCCAUUUUUUAUUUUGAAAUCUGAAGCCAUUGCAAGAAUGAGAUAGCAGAAUUGUUUUUAAAUUGCAAGAACAGAUCACAGGUAUUGAAUUUUAUAAAUGAGAUAUUUUUUUUAGUAACAGGUAAUUUCUUCAAAACUUAUUGGAUUCGAAGUUGUAAUUCUGUUACUUUUUUGCGCAGAUGCCUCUGAUGAGCAAUAAUGUUUAUAAAAAUUAUAUUUUUUAGAAUUUCAAACUACUAAUGCCAAAUUCAUCGAGAAUCAUUGUUGGUUAAUAAAAAUUUCCUAUAAACUAUUUCCAGGGUAACUAAUUUGUCAGUGUCAUAAGUUAAUUUUUUUAAAAAUUAAUAUUUUGCGCAGCUCUUCUGAGAACGCUCUGGCUUCUGGGUUGCAGCAGCACACACAAUGGUACAACUCUGUAGUAUGUUACUAGUGACUCGUGGAAAUAAUUUUAACCCAAGCAUUUCCAGCAUUAUAAAUAGCAAAUUUGGACUCAGGCUUUACAUUUCAUUUCAGUUAUUUCCGUUUCUGUUUUUUUAGGUGCUCCAUGUGUGCCAUACAUUGUGAAGUCAAGAUAUAUUGUAUGUGUGUGUAACAGCACAUACUGUGAUACAGUUCCAUCAGCUGAUAGAGUAUCCAAAGGACAGUUUAUUGUCUUCACCACUUCACAGGAUGGAUUUAGAUUCAAUAAACAGAUUUUACCGGCUAGCAAUGUCUCCAAAACUAAUGGUAGGCUCAGCUUUUGAUGAGGUAUCAUGAAACUUAAUUUUAUUAAAUAUAAAUAUAUCUAGCCUGCUUUACAUAAAAACCUUCAUAAUUAAAAAAUUAGUUAUAUUCACAAUGCAGCCUGCAAUAAAAUAAUAUUGAGAGUAAUAGUAGUUAACACAAUAGUUGGCUUUAAUCAAGAAUUUUGAUUUUUUUUUUUGUCUUCAGCAAUAUAUUAUGUAAAACUAAAUGAAACUCGUCAGACAAUCAUUGGUUUUGGAGGAGCUUUUACAGAUGCAGCAGGAAUAAAUAUCGCAAAGCUACCGAGUGAAGCACAGGACAAACUUAUUAAUUCUUAUUAUUCCAAAGAUGGUAACUGGCACAUUAUGUAAUAAAACUUUAAUUCGCAACUCAGUUCAAGUUUAGUCUGCUGAGAUUAAUGUAAAAGAGCAUUGAUUUUUAAAACUAUGUUGUGAUUGAAACUGAAAAAUUUGCAGACAAAACUCUUGGUUCUUUUCAAGGUAUUGAAUAUACAAUUGGUCGAGUUCCCAUUGCAAGCUGUGACUUUUCAACCCAUCCUUAUUCUUAUGAUGACUUUUCUCAAGAUUUGAACUUAACGAAAUUCUCAUUGGCUUCAGAGGAUUUCAAAUAUAAGGUAAAUUUUGACAAUCUGCUUAGGAUUUUGGUUAUACCUAUAGGAUUUUGGUUGUAUUUAUAGUAUGGUUUAGAUUACUCAUUGACGUGUUAAUCAAUAAAAAAAAUCUUAUUUGUGAAUAAAGUAUUAAUUAAUUAUUUAUUUAUUAAAUAGUUGUGUUAAUGACAUCAUUUUUCUGAUUGAUGUAUAAUUGAAUAUUCUUAGAUACCAUAUAUUCAGUCAGCUAUGAAAGUAACCACUCAGCCAAUCAAAUUUUUUGCCAGUCCCUGGAGUGCACCAGCCUGGAUGAAAACCAAUAACAAUAUGACUGGAAAGGGUUCUCUUAUUGGACAACCAGGAGGACCUUAUUUUAAGGCUUGGGCUAACUACUUUGUAAAGUGAGUUGUGGUCUUCAUAGAUUCUUGGAGUGGGUCAGAGGCAAAUCUGUUUCUGGAACCAUCAUUUCAUUCAAUUUAUUUGCUAAUUUAGUAAAUUCUUUGACUGAAUGCUAUUCAUCAUCAUAAUAUAUAGAUUACCGGUAUAUGUAUUUAUACAGAUGCUUUUUUAAAUUAAUACCCGUAAUACAAAAUACAUUUAAUUGAAAAGAAAGAUUAAAAAACUUUGAGUUUAUCUAAUUAUUAUGAUUCUUAUCAUCAAAAGUUUCUCUCUAACUUAAAAUAAACGUUUCAUUUAGAUUUUUACAGGAGUAUGAAAAGAAUAACAUCAGCUUUUGGGGUUUAACAGCUCAAAAUGAACCUCUAGACGGGCUUGAAGUAGACUUCCCUUUCCAAGCUAUGGGCUUCACGCCUGAGCUCCAACGAGAUUUUAUCAAGCUAGACCUCGGUCCAGCCCUCCAUGAUGCUGGCUAUGGCAACAUUAAACUGAUGAUGCUAGAUGACAUAAGAUUGUUUGUAAUCACAUGGGUUAAAACUGUAAGUAACCAAUUAUUCUAUGGCAAGAGUAUUACGUUAUAUGAUGGAUAAAUUUUUUAGAAAAUAAUAUAUAAAUCUUACUUUUAGCAUAUUGAGUCUAUACAUUUUAUAAAAAUGUUAGUUUUAUAAUAUGCUUGUAAAGUUUUGUUUAUUUUAACACUUCUAAUUUAUUUGCUUUAAUUUCUAUGGUCCUCUGUUUAGCAAUUUUAGGCAAAUUCCUCAUAGAACUCCCAAAUCUAUAUCUCAUAAAUGGAUUUUAGCUUGAAUUAUUUUUCAAAAAAUCAUGAGUCAUAUUUCCACUAGAUUCUGUCAGACUCAGAUGCCAGCAAAUACAUCUCAGGUGUGGCUGUUCAUUGGUAUGUAGAUGCAGCUCUUCCAUCAAGUAUACUAACAGAUGCUCACAACGCUUAUCCUGAAAAGUUUUUGCUUUCAACAGAAGCAUGUGAAGGUUCCAUGCCAUGGCAAUUGAAAGUAGAUCUAGGAGCCUGGGAUAGAGCCGCCAGCUAUGCCCAUGACAUCAUUUCAGUAGGUCGCAAAUACUUAAUGCAUACAGUCUCCUUAUAUGAAACCAAAUUUUUUUUUCAAAUGGGGCUUUCAAAGAAAUGGAACGCCAAAUAUAAAUCAUGAGUCUAAUAUUUAUUUCACAAUUUUAGAGCACAACAUGAAUUAGAAAUAAAUCAACUCCUUUUAGCAGCAUUACUUGUAGUACUAUUUUAUUUAAACGAAAUAAUGUAUAAUUUGUUUUCUCACUUCAACUAGGAUUUGAACAACUGGGUUACUGGAUGGACAGAUUGGAAUCUUGCACUAGAUCCUCAAGGAGGACCAAAUUGGGUUUCCAACAAUGUUGACAGUCCUAUUAUAGUGAAUGCUGAAAAAAAGGAGUUUUACAAGCAACCAAUGUACUAUAUUUUAGGGCAUUUUAGGUGAGUUAAUAUCAAGAGCAAGUCUAAUGCCUUAUAGUUUGUUUUUUUCAGUUUUAUUGUAUUUAAUUCAGUUUUAUUACAUUUAAUUCAAUUUUAUUAAAUUUAAAAAUAAAGAAUGAAACUUGUAAUUCAACACAAUUUUUAUAAACUAAAUGUCUGUUUAAAAUAAUAUUUUUACUCGUUCUAGCAAAUACAUAGUUCCAGGAUCUAUUUGGUUGGGCAUUCAAGGGCCAAAACAUCUCCCACUAAUUGAGAUAACAGCCUUUCUCCGGCCUGACAAAUCAGUUGCUGUGGUGAUAUUCAACUUGUAUGUCUUAUGACUUUUUUAAGCCUUAUUUUUAUUAUUUUCAAUGUUGCUUUUUUGUUUGUUUAUUUACCAUAAUUAAAUAAAUGUCCGACUUGAAGAGGUUAUUUUAAUUUUGUGACAGAUCAUUUUUAUUUUAAAAGUAAUAAUGUCCUGUGAGAGCAAAGUCAUUCACCCAUUGGUGGAUUCAAGGUGUGCACUUGGGCCUUCUAACUCUUGCUUGAAAUACAUAAUAUAUAUUAUAAAAGAGUUAUCAUUUUCUUUUCACAGGGGGUUCAACUCUGUAGAUCUGGAAUUAACCGAUGGAACAACAGGAUACUUACCAGUGACUAGUCCAGGCAACUCAAUACAGACUGUGAUAUGGUGGCCAUCUUGAUUGUAUGACUCAUUAAUAUGUUUCAUUACUGUCCAAUAUUCUCAUGUUGAUAUUCGACUAAAUUCAUUGUAGCACUAUUGAAGCGAACGCGACAGACAAAUUCAGUGUCUAGUUAGAAAUGCUGACACUCAAGGAGUUGACAUUCUCAUAACAACUUGUUUCUGAUAACAUUUCGUUUUUGUUCAUUUAUACUCCCCAUAUUACAAUUGUAUGAUUCUUUUUAAUCUGAACUUGUUUUUAUUUAUAAAAGGUUAAAAUAAUUUUUCUGUUUGCACAUUCCCAUAUUUUUAAAUAUAUUUCCAUGUUAAUUUUUACUUGUUCAUCCAGUUCACUUGCAUUAAAUGUUGAUCUUAUGUUAAAAUGAAUCAGACAAAUCUUUAGAAAUACUUGUAUCAUUUUCAAAUUUAUAUUAGGAAGAAUUUUUUGAAUCCACAUGAAUUUUGAUUAUAUAAUAAAACUUGCUUGAAACUGUGCUCAGAAUAAUUCAAUAAUCAAACUGUAUCUGAUGCACGGUACUGUGAUUAACUUUGUCAAAAACGCUUAAUUAAACUCAAAAGAGUUAUUACGGAAAAGAAAGUAAAAUCCUUUAUCACUGGGCAAACAACAUAUACAAGAAUUAUCUUAAAGACAAAUAAUGGAAGAACCCAGAAAUAGAAUCAGCCCCAAAAUCAAUCCAAUGUUUAAAAUGGUCUUGAUCAAUUUAAACUGACCAACUAACAUCAGAUAAUAACUAGAAAUCAACUUGAUUUUUGUGAUUGAUAAUUUUACCUAUGAUUGUGUACUGUAUUGAGAAUUGAAAUGAGUGGGAAUCAUUCAGUAUAAAUAAACAGUUUUGACCUUUUACAUAGAAAGUUAAAAUUCACCUAUCUUUGUCAUUGAAAAUUUAUUUUAUUUUUUUAUUUUAUACAAGACUACUGUACUUGUACUAAUGUAUUGUAAUGAUGUACUUGUACUAAUGUAUUGUGCUGAUGUACUUGUACUAACGUACUGUACUGAUGUACUUGUACUAAUGUAUUAUACUGUUGUACUUGUACAAGUUGUACAUAAGGUAAAGACAACAAAAUAAAAAUAACUUAAUGAAAUUUGUACACUAUUGAUUAUGUUUAUAGUAUGCAGACUGUUGUAAAAAGUAAUUUGACAGCCUUAUUUUUUUAGCACAAGGUUUAGUUCCCUAAUGGUCUUUGCAUUUGAAGAUGAUUGUUUAUAAAGUUUAGGUUUUGGAAUGUUGUUAUUUGCGAAGUAUAUCAGAAUAAAAUAUUUUAUGU